AUGUCCGGAAAGAGGUCCCGAGCCACGUACGAAGCCGAACUCCAACUACAACAAUCACCGUUCGUUGUUUUUGGAACACCUCUGCCACCUCUGGAUCCCGAUGUUCGAGAUGAUGGCUCAUAUGUCCCGGUCUGGAAGCAGGAGGUGAGGGACGAGCGGGGUCGCAAAAGACUACAUGGUGCCUUCACUGGCGGGUUCAGCGCAGGUUAUUUCAACACCGUCGGUUCCAAAGAAGGAUGGACUCCGUCAACAUUUGUCUCCUCGCGGACUAAUCGCCGAAAGGACGAUCCGAAACUUAACCAACAGCGACCAGAAGACUUUAUGGAUGAGGAGGAUCUUGCGGACGCGGAGGAAUCCAGAAAGCUGCAGACAAAUCAGGCAUUCUCUGCCCUCGGGUCUACGCAAGAUGACGCUGCGCGACGUGCCGGAUUGGCGGGUCUUUUUCGAGUCGAAGGUGAGACCAUGGGCAUCAAGCUUCUGAAGAAAAUGGGUUGGAAAGAAGGUCAAGGAAUCGGGCCAAAGGUCAUGCGCAAGGCUAGGCUCGAGGCUGGGUCCGGCUCUGGGGAGGGCGUGAGCCAGGAAUAUCACCUUUUUGCGCCGGAUAAGGUCGCCCUGAUUCAAUUUGUGAAGAAGUCAGACCAUAAAGGACUCGGGUACGCUGGCCAGAAUCGUCUGGUCCCUUUGAGAUCCACCAAAGACAAAGAAGAAGGCCUAUCCGAUGAGGACCAAGAAUUUGAUUUCCUGUCCCGCCGACAACCCGUGUCGUUGAUAACCAAGAAGAAGAAGGAGAAGAAGCGAGGUGGGAUAGGCAUUGGCAUCCUCAACGAUACCGGUUCGGAUGAUGAGGAUCCUUACGAAAUCGGCCCUCGCAUAGCUUACAAUAGGGUCAUCGGCGGGGAGAAGAAAAAGAAAAAGAAUGAUAGCAGCAGUGCCACAACGGCCGCAAAUCCACUGCUGAAGUCUAAGCCUGUCUUCAAACCAAAGAAGCUGGGAAAGAUCGGCUUAGGGGCGAAGAAGUGCCAUGAUGGUCGGUUGCCUCUUGACGGGUUUGUGUUUGGCCAGUAUCCAGACCCUCUCACAUCAGAGAUCAACGAUGCUGGCAAACACCCGCCCCCAAAGGUCCCACCAGACUGGAAAUCGUCACGGCAGCCUACUGCAUCAUCUGUAAACCCAUCCUAUGUGUCAACAGCCGAUGCUGCCAAGUCAUCCAAGCUCGAUCCAAAGUCCAGGGCAGAAAUUCUUGGAGAAGCGCAGCUUCCUGGCAAGUCUGUUUUUGAUUUCAUGUCAACAUCUGCUAGGGAAAGACUCGUGAGUGCAACAGGCAAGAAGGAUCUCCCUGAAGCUCGGGGGGAGAUCCCAGCCGCUUACGCCAUGUCAGCUGAGGACAAGCUUGCUGAGCUCCUCAAAGAUGUUCCAACCCUGGACAAAGCAACAGCUGUAGCUGCUCUCGCUCGAGGCGCUUCUGGAGGUGCACCUUAUGUAGACAACGAGGACAAGCGGAAGAGAUACCGAGCCUAUCUCGAGUAUCAAGCUGGAUCCCGACAGACACUUCCACCCAAACCGGCCGGGAUGAAGGAUGAUGACUGGUUAAGAGAGUUCUACGAGUUUUUCAGCUGCGCCAGAAUAUUCAAGCCCAUGACUGGCUUCAUGGCGUCGAGGUUCACAACAUCCAAGUCCAGCUCCACUAUUUCUGCAACAAAGGCGGACGGCGACGGGAAUGCCCUCAUCACCAGACCAGCCCCUAAACCGACAGACCCGGCGGAAGAGGCGGCCAAACUGGGAAUGUUUGGGCCCAUGACCAGACUCAUCAAGGACUUUUAUCCAAAUCGACUGCUGUGCAAGAGGUUCAACGUCAAGCCCCCGGUUGUGGUCGAGCCCGACGCCGAAUUGGGCUUGGGCUUGGCACAUCCAUCUACAAAACAAGACUAUUCACAGUUCGCAGGCUUGUAUCGGGACGUUGAAGCCGGGCCUCAAGAUGAUGUGAAAAGUCAGGACGCCACUGCAGCCAAAACGGGCGUGGCAGCGGAGAAUAAGCCGCCGAUUAAAGCGGUGGUGGACCCAGACACUAACGCUGCAUUGGAACAGGCACGGGCGGGCGAGGAAGUCUUCAAGGCCAUCUUUGGCGAUAGCACUGCUCUGCCGAUAAAAGCUUUUGACAAGUCGGUUCCGCUUCCGAGCGACCUGGACGCCCGCAAUUCAUCCGCCAAUUCGUCGAUCGUUCAAGAUUCCAGUGCCGGCGUCAGACCGUCAUCGUCCUCGUCCACCGCCGCCUCGGCAAACGAGAUAGAGCCGUCGCAGGAUCUUACCGCCAGCCAAGGUCUGUUUCAGCUCAAUCGGCAGGUGUCGGAAGAUUCCCAGCAUCCUCAAUCAUCGCCAGAUCCCCUACCCGAGACCGAGACAAGAAGCCCGCCACCUCGGUACCCAGCCUCGGAAGCCUCGAUCUCGGGUCCGCCCCCGUUUGCGAGCCUCUUCGCUCCACCUGCGCCAGCGACCCUCACCGACGUUGACGAAGAGCCUCUUCCCGGCAGCCUCGAGGAGGUUGACUUUGAGUCCGCCGCCGCGCCCGCCUACGCGCCCCCUCUCGCUUCAUCCUCGCAGCAACAGCCUCAGCAAAGCCAGGCCUCAGCUAGUAGCUUCCAGGAAGAGACCAAGCGUGCUCUUCCCCGAGACAGCAAGGGCGAUCCAUCGCGCAGCAACAAAGACGACGACGCAGAACCACCGCCGGCGUACUCGGAGGGAUUUAGUCCCCUCCACUCAUUUACCUAUCUGAUGGCUGCCGCAGGAGGAGCGUCGAGUAUUAUUACUCAGGUGCAACAAGGAGGACCGCCAAUCAACUCGAUCGGAGAUGUCGGCGCCGAUGAGACGAUCACGAUGGACCUUCGGGGCACGAGGUUCUCCCUCUCCCGUGAUGAGCUGUUGACAUUGCCCGAAUUCGUUCUGCUUUCCUUGUUUCCCAAUGGCUUGUUCCCAGAAGGUCACAUGGGUGGAUUCGCUGACGGUGAUGCCGUCCAAGUUGACUACGAUCCGGCAUCUCUGCAGUACAUGCUGGACUUCUUCCGGAACGUGGCACAGACCAUACCUGCAGAGUCGGAGCCAGACAACGACAUGGUGCCGGUCGAGCCAAUGGGUAGCAGCAGGGAUGACUCGUCCAAGAGAGCAGGAAUCAUUGUGCUCCGUGAGGAUCUAGAUUUCUACGCCAUCCCGCCACGACCUGAUAUCAAGCAGCCGGACAUGAUCGAGGUCAAGCGGGCCGCGGCAAGGGCGCUGCUCAAGCAAAACGGUAUCUUUAGCGGCCUCAAGCGGAGCGAUGAGCCGGGUACGACGGAAGCGCAUCUGAUUGAGAUGUUGACUGCUGGUGGUUUUGAUCACGAUGACAAAUGGGGUCAUAGAGCCGGAGAGCCCAAUAAGGCGGUCAUUUGCAGUCUUGCACUGGCACGACUGCGCAGCGACAUCCGUGGUAACGAAAUGGGUAGCAACGCGGUUGGCAUGGCACAAAAGCUCUUGCUGUUCUGGCGUAAGCCGGCGCGCAGGUGCUGGUGGGAGGGUGUAGAGCUCGAAAAUGUGGAGGGAGUUGAAGGGAAGCUCAAGGUUUGGAUUCGUCGGGUGUGGACGCUUGAGAUGAGCGUUAUUGGCCUGCGCUAA